CUCACCGGCAAGCUACAUAUGCUGCCGUAGAUGAUCGAGCAACUGCCCAGCCCACGAUGAGAUGCGCGUGGCCGGCCUCGUAACACGUGCCCCAGAAUUUAAAGCUAUCGCCGUCGUCCUACCCCUACCUCUCGAGUCUCGCUUAGCUGCUUCUUCACCGGCCCGCGCUCUCAUGUCUCGCGUAUAAAAAAAUCACUGUUCCAUUCGUCCCGCCACGAGCACUCGCCGACCUCCCUCCUCCGGCCAUCCAUCUUCUCGAGCGAGCGAGCGAUAGAUAGCUACACCGGCCGGCGGGCCGACCAUGGGUAACUGCCAGGCGGCCGAGGCGGCGGCCGUGGUGAUUCAGCACCCACCCGGCGCAGGGGCGGGCGCCGGCCGCGUCGAGCGCGCGCACGGCGCGAUCUCCGUGGCCGCCGUCAUGGCCGCCAAUCCCGGCCACUACGUCGCUGCGGCCAUCCCCGCCUCGUCCGCCGCGCUGCCACAGCUGGCGGCGAAGGCGAAGCCGCCGCUGAAGCUGCUCCGGCCCGACGACAGGCUUGCUCUCGGCGGCGUGUACCGCCUCGUCAGCUUCGAAGAGGUGCUGAGGGAGUUCGUGUCCAAGCGGCACCCCACGCUGAGCCGCGUGGUCGUCGCCACCGACGACGAUGGUGCUCGCCGGCGGGAUCGGGACUGCUCACUUGCCAAGGCCCCGCUGCCCCGCCCUGCCCAGGAGGAGCCCGCAUCCGAUUCCGAUGCGACCACAGGUCCAGAGCCAGACUUCGGCGCGGCAGCCAUGAUGCUCGGCGGGCAGCUCGGCCUCGCACGGCCGCACGGGCAGUGGCGCCCUGCGCUGCCGAGCAUUGCAGAAGGGCGUGUCCUGUGCUGAGGGCUUGGCUGAUUAAUCUUGGUGAUGUGAUGUUACCAGUGACCGCGUUCUAAUUUGAAGGGCUCUUUGUGCUCGUGGUGACCUUUGUGCUUGGAUGUCAUGUGAGGACGACUUCUAUAGUAGUAUAUUUUCCAUCUCAAGGCAUGUCUACAUGAACGGAUCGCUCUGGGAAUAUUUGGGAUUUAGUUGAAGCUUAAACUAAAUUCUAAGGAUUUGGAUCCUGUGUAUUGAGGCAAAGACAUUAAACCAUUAAUUCGUUAUUGAAAUCAGACCCAGACGUUGUAAGUGGCAUAAUUGGAUUUCAACAAGUA